UGACCCUGCCCGCUGCGACGGGGCCAUGUAUAAGACAGAGGGGCCCCAGGCUGACAGCUGCUAUGAUAGCAGGAAUCAAACAUCACUUCUUCUUCUUCCUCUCCUUCUUCUUUCUUCUUCUUCUUCUUCUUCGCUGUUGCCUGAACACUUCACAUCGACUGAAAGCGAGCUGUUGGUUUCUGCUCCGGCGGAUCUGUCUCCUGCUCUGCUCUGGUUUGGACUCACUCAUGGAGCUGUCGGAUAUUUCCUUCUCCAUUCCCUCUGCUGAUGACUUCUAUGAUGACCCCUGCUUUAACACCACUGACAUGCACUUCUUCGAGGACCUGGAUCCGCGGCUGGUGCAUGGGGUCCCGCUGAAACCCGAGGACUCCUUCUCCCCCUCCUCCUCCUUGUCUUCAUCAUCGCCCUCACCGUGCUCCCACCUGCAUCACCAGCUCCAACACCCGGAGGCAGAGGACGACGAGCACGUCCGCGCCCCCAGCGGGCACCACCAGGCGGGCCGGUGCCUCUUGUGGGCCUGCAAGGCUUGCAAGCGGAAGACCACCAACGCGGACAGGCGGAAGGCGGCGACGCUGCGUGAACGCCGGCGGCUCAGCAAAGUGAACGACGCCUUCGAGACACUGAAGCGCUGCACGACGGCCAACCCCAACCAGAGGCUUCCCAAGGUGGAGAUUCUGAGGAACGCCAUCAGCUACAUCGAGUCUCUGCAGGCGCUGCUGCGCGGCGGCCAGGAGGAGGGCUUCUACCCAGUGCUGGAGCAUUACAGCGGGGACUCGGACGCGUCCAGUCCCCGCUCCAACUGCUCCGAUGGGAUGAUGGAUUUUAACGGACCGAGCAGAACAAGAAGCUUUGACAGCAGCUCUUUCUUCUCUGAGACGCCAAACGCUGGUCCGAAGAGGGGUCGCAGCUCUGUGAUCUCCAGUCUGGACUGCCUGUCCAGCAUUGUGGAGCGGAUCUCCACGGAUGGCAGCAGCCUGCAGCUCGGGCUUGAAGCCUCCGGCUCCCCGGCCUCCUCAGCUCCGCUCAGCGAGGCAGGAAAGGCCCGAGAGGCCACUCAGAUCCCCUCCUCUUCCUCCCCCGACAACCAGGACCCAAACCUCAUCUACCAAGUCCUAUAGAGCCUCCCGCUCAGCACAGCUGGAAAAUAACACGCUGCCUUGUUGUAGAGUUAUUACUGGAAAACACGUACUGUAACAAAAUGGCCUCAUUAUUCUGCUUUUAAAGAGUCUCCGGCAGCUGUUAGCAGCCUGACACGCAUCCAUCAUGUCAAAGCUCCUUCCUGCUGGGAAGAAAAAACUAAUUUAUCUCAACUAACUAAACCUGUCAAAGUGUUUAUCAGAGGACAGUGGACAUUUUUUUUAUUAGUUUUGAAAUUUAAUUAAAUGUGAUUUUAUAUUUCACUAGUCUUAAUUGAAACUUUAAACAUAUUAAUGAAUCUCAACAUAUUUUUCCAAAUAAAAAUCUAAAAACUAAGUGAAUAGACCAAACUUAUUAUUAUUAUUAUUAUUAUUAU